GUUAUGCUUUCUUGUGGAAAAGCGACGUCUUUUUACGUUUACCCCCGUUCCCUAUUAUAAAAAAAGUAACGGUUUUUAAUUUUUUAAUAGACGUGUUUUUGGACCUGGAAAGGAAUCUUUGGAAUUUUGAGAUUUCCAAUUUGGUAUUAAUUAUGGCUCACGAUCAUCAUGCCCAUCAUCACAUGGAACCAUCAAUUCCUUCGGCAAUUCCUAUGGAACAUGACGAUCAUUCGGGUCAUCCAGAUGGUUCAAUGGGACAUGGAAUGAGUAUGGCUUUCCAUUUUGGAAUAUCGGAAACCGUUUUAUUCGAAAGUUGGGCUUUUUCGACGACUUGGGGAUUGAUUGGAUCCAUGAUUGGAAUUUUUUUUAUGGCUGCUUUAUAUGAGGGAUUAAAAUAUUACAGGGAAUAUUUAUUCUGGAGGACUUACAACGCUUUGCAGUAUAGAGCUGUUACUCUUCAACAAGAUAAAGCAGUCGUUUCUGAAGAUAAUCAAAUAGUUCAUAUGGUUGGAGAAGUAAUCCACAAACAACCGCCAAGUAUGUUAAGUUUGAUGCACGUUUGUCAAACGGGUCUUCACAUAAUCCAAAUAGUACUUUCCUACUUUUUAAUGUUAAUCUUCAUGACGUACAAUGUAUGGCUGUGCAUAGCGGUGGUUGUAGGGGCGGCAGUUGGUUAUUUUUUGUUCGGAUGGAAGAAAUCCGUAAUAGUGGACGUAACGGAACAUUGUCACUAAAACAUUUCCAGCAUGGUUAUUUUCCUUUUUUUUAAAUAUUUUAUCUUAGAUUUUAAGCAAAACUUCUUUUAUUAUUCAUAAGAAAAAAAAAUAUAUUUACAAACAUUGAUUUGUUAAUCAGAAGGAACAACAAUAUAGACAAAAAUAAAAAAGCCCCCUCAUGACCACAUAAGGAAUAUUAAAGUAUAAUUUUUAUUUUUUAACAAUGUAAAUUUUUGUUUUUAAAUUUUUUUUGAGAAAUGUUAUUUUUUGAAACGUUUCAGCUAUAACGUUUCUUAAAUUAACAUGACAGUUUUUUUUUGAUGAGCAGUUACGACAUGAGAUUAUUAGGUGAUUAAGUAAUGAAAAAUUGAGUCAUAAAAGACUUUAAUGUAAGAUAAUUAAAAUUAUGUAAUAUACGAAUAUUUUUUUUGUUAUUUAAUUAAAAAUAUAAUAUUGUUUUUGAGCAAAAAUCGAUUAUU